AUGGCGACGUGCUACUCCGCCUCAGCGAUCGUCGGGGGCACGGUGACCGAGCAGUACGUGUACAAAUAUUCCUGGCGCAUCUCCUACUACCCCAAUGGCUCCCAUCCCUCCUACGCCGACUACAUAUCGGUCUUCCUUAACCUCGGCGGCACCAUCACCAAACCUGUCAAGGUACGACCCAGGUUCAGUUUGCUCGACAAAGCGGGGAACCCAGUGCCGGCCGUUCGAUCCCAAUACACAGAAUCGAUUGAGUUCUUCGUCGUGGGGGCCGGCAAGGGCUUCCAUGAUUUCAUCAAGAGGGAGGGUUUGGAGGCGUCGGAGCAUCUCGUGGACGACUGCUUAAGGAUCAGGUGCGACGUCAUCCUUCCCGCCAGUAUCCGGACGGAGGAUAGGGCGCCGCCGCCAUCUGACCUGCAGCGGCCUCUUGGGAACCUCUUCGUGAACAAAGAGGGCGCCGAUAUCACGUUCCAAGUCGGCGGCGAGACGUUCAGCGCGCACAGAUGCGUUCUUGCAUCUCGGUCGCCGGUCUUCAGGGCAGAGCUCUUUGGCGCGACGAGAGAAGGCACCACCACCACCACCAUCAGGGAUUAUAUACGGAUCGAUGGUAUGCUAGCUCAUGUGUUUGAGGCCUUGCUGCAUUUCAUAUACACAGAUUUGUUAGCGGAGAUGACUGGGCUUGAAGAGUCUAUGAUGGCUGAGCAUUUGCUGGAAGCGGCGGGCAGGUACGACAUGCAGGGGCUUAAGCUGAUCUGUGAGGAGAAAUUGAGCAGAGACGUAAACGGGAACACGGUUGCAAAAAUGUUGAGGUUGGCUGUGCAGCACCGCUGCCACACGCUCAGGGAGACUUGCGUCGAGUUCUUAAACAUCCUCCUUCACUGGAUGUGA